UUUUACGCUCUCUCUUUCUAAUUUUGUUUUCUUCGUCUUCGUUUGCGGAAGCAAAUGGCGCAGUUUUCCUUUUUCUCGUUAUUUAACAAACUCGAAGAAGCAGAGAUGAUGUCUUCUUCAGCUACGGUUCGAGUCGAUAAGGCGACUAGUGAUCUUCUGAUUGGUCCUGACUGGACUCUGAACAUGGAGAUAUGUGAUUUGAUCAAUUCUAGUCACUGGCAGGCGAAAGAUGUGGUGAAAGCUUUGAAGAAACGGUUGCAGCAUAAGAGCCCAAAAGUUCACCUUCUUGCUCUGACCCUCUUGGAGACCAUGAUAAAGAACUGUGGCGAUUAUGUGCACUUCCAAAUUGCUGAACGGAGUAUUCUACAGGAGAUGAUCAAAAUUACAAGGAAGAAGACAGAUACGCACGUCAGAGAUAAGAUCUUGGUGCUUCUAGACUCUUGGCAGGAAGCCUUUGGUGGGCCUGAGGGAAAAUAUCCUCAAUACUACUGGGCGUACGAAGAAUUAAGGCGUUCUGGAGUACAAUUUCCCCAGCGUUCCUCAAACAGCACUCCAAUAUUUACUCCUCCCAUUACACAUCCAACAUUUAGGCAUGCUCAGGCAGGUUAUGGAAUGCCUAGCGAUACUUCACGAAGGCUUGAUGAAGCAAUGGCAUCUGAAACUGAAAAUUUAAGUUCAUCAAACAUGGAUUCCAUGCGGAGUGUUAUGGACCUUUUGACUGACAUGCUACAUGCAUUGAACCCAAAUGACCAAGAGGCAGUUAAAGAUGAAGUGAUAGCUGAACUUGUCAAUCGGUGUCGCUCCAACCAGAAAAAGUUGAUACAGAUACUAAAUUCAACUGGAGAUGAGGAGCUCCUUGGAGAGGGUCUUGCAUUAAAUGACAGCUUACAAAGUCUGCUUGCGAAACAUGAUGCUCUAGCCUCUGGUUCACCCCUGCCUGCUGUAGUAAGAGACACCAAACCUACACCAACGGAAGAAAGAGACGCCAAUUCCAGACCAAAUGAAGCGAGGGACUCCAGCCCCCGACCAAAUGAAGCGAGAGAGUACCUCCCCCAGCCAAAUAUGAGCCCCUCUACGAUAUCUUCAGUAACAAGCUGCCAGGUCGAAGAUGAGGAAGAAGAGGAUGAUGACUUUGCUCAGCUAGCUCGCAGGCGUACAAAAAACAGGCCUAUGCCGUCUGAAGGCACAUCUGCUUGCAAUGGAGAAGGAUGUUCCAACGGUACAACCCUGUCUGCAGAAGAAGCCCUGAGUCCCAGCCCAAGCAAUGCGUUGGCUCUUCCAGACCCUCCUGCUCCAGUUCGGAUUACUACAAAAGAACAAGACAUGAUUGAUCUUCUGAGCAUCACCUUGUCAACAACCUCAAAUUCACCCUACCAGCCUCAAACACCUCUACCAGCUUUUGACCAGAACAUGCAUCAAGUUCCUGUUUCCCCUGAACCUGCAAUCCCUUCUAACCAAAAUAUGCAUCCGGUGCCACCCAGUUCACAAGGGUACCCAUAUGGUUUUCAGCCCUACCCUGGAAACCAAGGGCCGUUAUCUUACAACAGUUACAUUGUCCCUUGGGCCCAACCUCAACCUCAAGCUCAACCUCAACCACAAUAUCCCCAGUACUCAUCCAACUACCCUCCCCCACCCUGGGCAACAAGCCCCCCCAAUUCAAACCAGAGCCCGGUAUCGACUGCAGCUCCUUACAUGACUAUGACUCAUACCAAUGCAGCCAGUUCGAAUAUGCAAUUGCCCAUGGCUAGAUCUUUGCAGUACAAUUAUUCACUUCCCUCAAGAAGCAAUAAUGUUUCAACUAUUCACAAAGAAGCACAGGCAACCUACACUCCGAGGCUUGCACCCCCUCCAUCUGAUAACAAGACAUUUGUACCGACAUACAGAUUGUUUGAAGAACUUAAUGUUCUUGGGAGUGCAGACAAAGGGUUGAAGGGGGCAGACAGCAUGUCUCCUAGCAUGUCCAGUACAUCUGGCCAAGGAAUGGUGGGUGGAAGGAAGUGAAGCUCUUCUUUGUAUGAUAUUAUUGUACUUACCUAUGAAAAAUCUUAUAUGGACUUGGACAUGAUUUAUGAGAAACUGGUGUAUAUUUUACCUUUUGCUUGAAA